AUGGGUAAAAAGAUAAAAAAGGAAAUAGAACCUCCUCCUAAGGAUGUGUUUGAUCCAUUAACAAUCGAAAGCAAAAAAGCAGCAACCGUGGUGUUAAUGCUUAAUUCUCCUGAAGAAGAAAUUUUGGCUAAAGCAUGUGAAGCCAUUUAUAAAUUUGCUUUAAAAGGAGAGGAAAAUAAAGCAACCCUCCUUGAACUUGGAGCUGUGGAACCUUUAACCAAGCUUCUCACUCAUGAAGACAAAAUUGUAAGAAGAAAUGCUACUAUGAUAUUUGGAAUCCUGGCUUCUAACAGUGAUGUUAAAAAAUUAUUAAGGGAGUUAGAUGUCAUGAGUUCUGUUAUUGCCCAGCUCUCACCAGAAGAAGAAGUAGUUAUCCAUGAGUUUGCUAGUCUUUGUCUGGCAAACAUGUCUGUCGAGUAUACAGGUAAAGUACAAAUAUUUGAACAUGGUGGGUUGGAGCCACUCAUCAGACUAUUGAGCAGCCCAGACCCUGAUGUGAAGAAGAAUUCUAUUGAAUGCAUUUACAAUUUAGUUCAGGAUUUUCAGUGUCGAACUACACUUCAAGAACUAAAUGCAAUCCCUCCUAUGUUGGAGCUCUUGAAGUCAGAGUAUCCAAUUAUUCAGUUGUUGGCUCUCAAAACCUUAAAUAUCAUUACAAAUGAUAAGGAAUCCCGUACAAUGCUAAGAGAAAAUCAAGGAUUGGACCAACUUAUUAAGAUCAUAGAUACUAAGGAAUUGAAUGAUCUUCACAUAGAAGCACUUGCAGUGAUAGCCAAUUGCCUCGAAGAUAUGGAAAUUAUGACGCUAAUUCAGCAAACAGGGGGUCUUAAAAAACUUCUAGCAUUUGCAGAAAACUCCACAAUUCCUGAUAUUCAGAAGAAUGCAGCCAAAGCAAUUACUAAAGCAGCUUAUGAUGCUGAAAAUAGGAAACUUUUUCAUGAACUUGAGGUUGAAAAGUGCCUGGUAACCCUUUUGGGUUCUGAAAGUGAUGGAACUAAAAUUGCUGCUUCCCAAGCUAUUUCAGCAAUGUCUGAGAAUUCAAGCAGCAAAGAUUUUUUCAAUACUCAGGGGAUCCCACAGUUAGUUCAGCUGCUCAGAAGUGACAAUGAAGAGGUGAGGGAGGCCUCGGCCCUGGCCCUGGCAAACCUGACCACUUGCAAUCCUGUCAAUGCCAAUGCUGCUGCUGAAGCCGACGGUAUCGAUCCACUGAUAAACAUCCUGUCUAGCAAACGAGAAGGAGCCAUUGCCAACGCCGCCACCGUGUUAACCAACAUGGCCAUGCAGGAGCCCCUGCGCGCCAGCAUCCAGGGCCGCGACAUCAUGCACGCCCUCCUGGGCCCGCUGCGCUCUGACAACCCGGUGGUGCAGAGCAAAGCCGCGCUCACCGUGGCUGCCACCGCGUGCGACGUGGAGGCUCGGACAGGGUUAAGAAAUUGUGGUGGACUGGAACCCCUGGUGGAGCUCCUGUAUUCCAAGAAUGACGAGGUGAGAAGGCAUGCCAGUUGGGCCGUGAUGGUCUGUGCCAGCGAGGAGCCAAUGGCGGUGGAGUUAUGCCGGCUCGGGGCUAUAGAUAUCCUUGAAGAAAUUAAUCUAUCAGUGAGACGAAAAAAUAAAUUCAGUGAAGCAGCUUAUAAUAAAUUGCUCAACAAUAAUCUCUCUCUGAAAUAUAGCCAGACUGGCUGUUUGUUGUCAAAUAACAUAAUUAGUGAUGGAUUCUAUGAUUAUGGUCGGAUAAAUCCUGGCACCAAACUUUUGCCAUUGAAGGAGCUCUGCUUUCAAGAACCAAGUGAUCAACGAGCUGUACUCUUGAUCAACAGUAAAGUUUCUGAUAAUUCUCCACCUCCAUCUAUGGACGAUAAAUCAUCAGAUGUUGGCUAUGGAAGAAGUAUUUCUUCUUCAUCUUCUUUAAGAAGAGGAAGUAGAGAGAAGACCAAUUUUCGUAUUAGCACUGGAUUUGGAUCUCCCACAGAAGAGAGAACAGAGCCUGCUUCUGGAAGAAACACUGUUGCUAGCAAAAGUGCUGGGAAAGAAAAAGGACCCAGGAAAGGCAGAGGGAAAAAAGAAGAGGAAAAACUGAAAGAGGAGGAAGAAGUUCUGGCAGCACCAAAACUGACUGGAGAAAGUUCUGAUAAAGAGUGGUUCCCUCCUCCUGAUCCUGAGUUCUGUAUUUAUGUGUAUGAAGUGACCAAAUCAAUACUGCCCAUAACCAAUGUUAAGGAACAGAUUGAGGUUCUGGCCAAGUAUGUGGCAGAAAAAAUGGGUGGUAAGAUUGCAAAAGACAAACUGCCUGAUUUCAGCUGGGAACUUCAUAUAAGUGAACUAAAAGUUCAACUUAAAUCCAACGUUAUACCAAUUGGAUAUAUCAAAAAAGGAAUCUUCUACCACCGAGCUUUGCUUUUCAAGGCUCUAGCUGAUAAAAUCGGUCUCGGCUGCAGUCURGUGCGAGGGGAGUACGGCCGCGCGUGGAACGAAGUGAAGCUGGUCAACGAGUCUCGGAAGGGCUURACCGGGGGCCUGCCGCUGCCCGAAAUCUACAUCGUGGACCUCAUGUUCCACCCGGGGGCGCUGCUGAAGCUGCAGAGCAGGGAGGCCGACCUCUACCGAUUUCUCUGA